GAACUCGCAAAGAGGGAAAAUAACGUAACAGAAAAUCAGUAACGAAAUGGCCCCAACCUCUCUCGCCACUCCCAAGCUUUCUUCUCCCACCAUUCAAUCUCUCUGCAGAAGUCUUCCCAUCUCAGUUCCACUCCCCAGAACCCCAACUUUUCUCUCCCGCAAUUCCAUCCGAAUCAUCUCUCCCUCUCACCACCAUCACCUGCAUCACCGCCACUGCUGCCACUUCGUUACUCAUGCAGAGUCCGAAAUUGGGACCGAGCAGCCGCGGCACUACGACUUCGACUUAUUCACCAUCGGAGCGGGCAGCGGCGGUGUCCGUGCUUCUCGCUUUGCACCAAUUUUGGUGUUUCAGUUGCUGUUUGCGAGCUUCCUUUCUCUACUAUAUCUUCUGAAACUACCGGCGGCGUUGGUGGGACGAUGUGUCCCAAAGAAGUUACUUGUGUACGCAUCAAAAUAUGCUCAUGAAUUUGGUGAGAGUAAUGGUUUUGGAUGGAAAUAUGACAAUGAACCAAAGCAUGAUUGGAGCACUUUGGUGGCUAACAAAAAUUCUGAGUUGCAGCGUCUUACUGGUAGCAGAUCACACACUGUAGAUUUAGAUGGGAAACUUUACUCAGCAAGAAAUAUACUAAUUUCAGUUGGAGGGCGCCCCUUCAUUCCUGAUAUUCCAGGAAGUGAAUGUGCAAUCGAUUCUGAUGCUGCCCUUGAUUUGCCUUCAAAGCUAGAGAAAAUAGCAAUAGUGGGUGGUGGGUACAUAGCCGUUGAAUUUGCUGGCAUUUUCAGUGGCUUGAAAAGUGAGGUCCAUGUAUUUAUACGCCAGGAAAAAAUUCUAAGAGGUUUUGAUGAAGAGAACUUAGGUUUGGAGGCUGUAGGGGUUAAAAUGACCAAAAAUGGAGCAAUAGAGGUUGAUGAAUACUCCCGCACUUCUGUUCCUUCCAUUUGGGCUGUUGGUGAUGUCACAGAACGAAUAAAUUUGACUCCUGUUGCUUUGAUGGAGGGAGGAGCAUUGGCAAAAACUCUAUUUAAGAAUGAGCCAACAAAACCAGACCAUAGGGCUGUUCCAUCUGCUGUGUUUUCCCAGCCACCAAUUGGUCAAGUUGGUCUUACCGAAGAACAGGUGAUAAGUUGUUUGCAAAACAAGAAUACAGUGAUAUUGAUGUCAGCAAAUUUCAGGCCACUGAAGGCUACUCUCUCUGGCCUUCCAGAACAGGUGUUGAUGAAACUUAUAGUCUGUGCAAGUACAAACAAAGUUCUUGGGUUGCAUAUGUGUGGAGAAGAUGCACCAGAAAUUGUUCAGGGAUUUGCUGUUGCUGUGAAAGCUGGCUUGACGAAGGCAGAUUUUGAUGUCACAGUAGGUAUUCAUCCUACAACAGCUGAAGAAUUCGUUACAAUGAGGACUCCUACUCGCAAAAUACGAACAAACUCUUCAUCUGAGGGAAGAAAAGAUGUUGAGGCCAAAGCUGCAGCCGGAGUUUAGCAGAGAAGUAAUCAAUUAGCAGCAUAAGAUGAGAGGCCCCUUUAAGGUCUAAGCUGUUCCUUCCAUAUGUUCUCAAGUAGUUAGUCUUUGCUUCAAGUUCACAUCGUUCACUUUUUCUUUUUCUUUAAUUUUUAAACUAAGGAGAAAUUAUAGAAAGUAUAGAUGAAUAUCAUCAUUUUGCCACAAUACUAUACAUAUGUUUUGCUCUUCUUGGCAAAGCAUAAUUUAUGGUGUUGACAACAAGAAAAUAGUAAUGAUGCAAAAUGACCAAACCACUUAUCUGCACCCUACACAUUAUUUUUUUUCACGGUCAACACUCAAGAACACUCUCCAUAAUUUAAAACCAGUGAAAAAACCAAAAAAUUAAUGGUCAAAACCCCUAUUUGCAGCUUAAUUUUGUUGGUAAUUUGAGGUUUUUUACAGAUUUCAAAUUAUGGAGGAUGUUGACUGUGAAAAAAAAAUAAUAAUAUGUAGAGGGCAAAUAGAGAGUUUGGGCUUGCAAAAUACUCUUUGCUUUAAUUGUCUCAGUUAAAUUGAUAGAAAUUUUAUAUGAUUUAGAAGGUAGAGACUGAAUAUAAACAGAUAUGAGCCUCCCUUGGUUGGUUCAAAUGCAUCGGUCUUCAUAUCUUAACCUCCAAAUUUCUGAAUACCAGAUAUCACAGACAUUUUGGCAGGUUAGAGUACAGACCAAAAUCCCAUUCUGUGAAUAGUCGACGGAAAUCUCCUGUGUCAUGACCAGUCACAGGAAGCAAAGAUGAUAAAUUACAGCCAUAUAAAAGGAUACUGGACUAUGAAAUGAGAAUUACAAGAAAUUGAUAGGGUAGUUCCUUUGGGCGAGAGAAGAGGUCUCUAAUUAUUCUCUGUUACGGUGAUUGAUGAAAUUUUGCAAUUCUUAUUUCUUUUGAGACUGUAUGCUGUAAGGGAUUGUGUGAAUUAAAUUAGUAAGUAUUGU